ACUGGAGGACGCUUGGACCUGGAUGACACCCCCGCUGAUGGAGAACUUCUGAGGGAGCCUCCUCAGAACCUUGCUUAAUUCCGCCCCAAAACUGCAACUUUUUGUUGUUGUUGUUGUUGUUGUUGUUGUUUUUAGCCACCAUGGCCAUCAACACCGACGCUUCCUUCGACAGCAGCGCUCUGGUCCAGAGGGACGCGUCCAACCCGAGCGACUUCCAGGACACGGAGAAGCUGCUGAGCGCCGGUGCGGUCGAGCCGGGCGGCCAGAGCAACGUCAAGACGUCCGACUCGCUCGACCUGCGCGGCAGCGUCCGCUCCCUGGACGCGGAGCAGAACGGCCACCGGUCCCCGCUCAAGUCCGGCUCGGUGGGCCAUCUGGCGGCCGCGCCCAGGUCCCUGUCCCGCCUCAGCCUGGCCUCGCCCCUGCCGCCCGGCUCGGUGCCGCCCAGCUACCUGUGGCUGGCCGUGCUGUCGUGCCUCUGCCCCGGCGUGCCCCUCAACGUGUACGCGCUGUGGUACGCCAGCGUGUCGAGAUCGAUGCUUAGAGACGGCGACCUGCAGGCGGCCCGGAAGUACGGACGCGUGUCGCUGCUGCUCAGCUGCUUGGCCAUGCUGCUGGGCGUGGCCGUCAUCGCCUUCAUCGUCUUCACUAUAGAGCUCCAGCAGUGACGUCACAGCAGCCUGUGGACUACUUUGCACAAGCCGAGGAGGAAGACACGGAAAAGCACAAAGUGGGGAAGAAAAACACGUCGGUGAGGUUCUGUCUGGACCCGAAACAGAGGGGGGAGGGGCUGCACUCACUCAUGUCAAUUAUGUACACACACACACACACACACACACACACACACACACACACACACACACACACACACACACACACACACACACGAGGACAGCUCGGUUCUGACAGGUGUGACUUCUUUUGAGGACUUCCUGCAAGUUUUUCUUUCCCUCCAAAAGACAAAAAAUAACCAAAAAAAAUGGCCGCGGACCGCAACGUGAAAUUGUGUCAUUUUCUUUAUUUAUACUUUUUUUUUUUUUUUUUUUGUGACCGCCAAAAAAAGACUGGCCGGGUUCUGGUGCGGACUGCACGGAACCGUACCCCCGGCUACCGAAACUGUACUGCGAGACAAUGAUGCCCUUUGACCUUUCUAUGUUUGUACUGUAUGACUGGUUCACCGUGCCAUACGUCUGUUCGCAUGAGAAAUAAAGUUGAA